AUGUCUACAGCAGAAAGUGAAGACGUUUAUUCUGAUCUGUAUUCCAUCAUCUCUCAGGUAACAUCUAACACAGCCAACGAUAUUGAGCAAUUGCCAUAUGCUUUGACGUUCAAAACAUCCUUGAUCUUUGUGGGUGCUACCGUUGGUGGGCUACUGUUUGGCUAUGAUACAGGCGUAAUAUCAGGUGUUCUGCUUUCUUUGAAGCCUGAAGAUCUGUCCUUGGCAGUUUUGACUGAUUUUCAGAAGGAGCUGAUAACUUCCAGUACCAGUGUCGGCUCCUUUUUUGGUUCCAUGCUAGCGUUUCCAUUAGCAGAUAAAUGUGGAAGAAGAAUUACCCUCGCGAUUUGUUGUUCAAUCUUUAUUCUGGCUGCAAUUGGAAUGGCUACAGCAAGAACAUUGAAAUUCUUGAUUUGUGGUAGACUAGUGGUUGGGAUCGCCGUUGGGGUAUCUGCCCAGUGUGUCCCUUUAUUUCUAAGCGAAAUCUCACCUUCCAGAAUCAGGGGUUUUAUGUUGACUUUGAACAUUAUUGCCAUCACUGGAGGUCAAUUGAUUUCCUAUGUAAUUGCAUCUCUUAUCCAAGACAUCGAUAAUUCUUGGAGAUAUUUGUUUGCAUUUUCCGCUAUUCCCGCCAUCUUAUUCAUUUCCAUACUGGACUUUAUACCUGAAUCGCCACGAUGGUCCAUUUCUAAAGGAGAUGUUCUCUAUGCUAGGGAUUCUUUAAAAAUGCUAUAUCCCACUGCAUCUACUCAUCAUGUUAAUAGUAAAAUCAAGCAGCUAAUAAUUGAACUUGAUAAGUUACGAAUAUACAAAGAUGUCAGCGAACCCUUACUUGUGCAAGCUCAUUCUCCCAUUCGAUAUGUGGAUACUUCGGUCUCAGGAACUUCAAGUCCAUCCAAUGGUAAGAGGCUUUCUUCAAAUACAGAAAGAAACAUUAAUACAAUCUCUUCCUCGUCUGCUAUUCUGUCAUCGCUACGAGAACCAACCUCAAACGGAGUUACAUCCCAUAGAAAGAAAAGACAUAGGAUGGAACCGCGUACGAUAAGAGCGUUAAUAGUAGGUUGUGUGUUAAUGUUCUUCCAACAAGUCACUGGUUUCAAUGCGUUUAUGUAUUACGCGGCAAUAAUAUUUGCAAGGUUUGAUAUAAAAAAUCCUCUACUACCCCCAAUUUUAAUUGCCUCAACAAACUUCAUCUUCACUUUUUUCGCGAUGUACACUAUGGACUCCUUGGGAAGAAGAGCAAUUCUUUUGAGAACAAUUUGGAUUAUGACGCUCGGGUUACUUCUCUGUAGUGUAGGCUUCGGUCAUAACCGAGUUAGUUUACUUUUGACCUCAGUUGUAAUUUACGUUGCGGCAUACGCCUCAGCUAUGGGCAGUGUUCCAUGGACGUGUGUGGAGUUUCUUCCUUUGAACAGGAGAUCGUUUGGGGCAUCCUGUAUAGCCUGCACGAAUUGGCUAACCAAUGCACUUGUUUCGAUGACAUACUUGAGUGCUAUCAACACGAUUGGUGAUGAGAGCACAAUGCUCGUGUUUGCUUUUUUUACUGUUUGUGCCUGGUUUUUCGUGUAUUUUUGGUAUCCAGAAGUCAAGGGUUUGUCAUUGGAAGAAAUUGGAAAAGUUUUUGAUGAUGGAGUUGAUGUUCAUUAUGUCUUUCGCACCUAUCAUUAA